UUGACCAAGGAUCAUCAAGCUUCUCAUCCCGCAAGUCAUAAAUGUUUUAGAUUUGUGAUACUUGCAUUUGUUUCUCUCGACGUGAGGUGACCUCGCAUUUCGUUGGAUCCAAAGGCUGUGGUGCAAGGAUUAUACGACGAUGAGGCUGAGACGUGCUCUGCGGAGUUGCCACCGGUCUCCAGUGGUCCGGAUUUCAUUUGUCAUCGUCUCCUUGGUCUACAUUGUUCACUGCUUCUCGUUUACUACAGUCGUGAAUAUGGCUGAGCCGGGAAAAAAUGCUAUUUACCUUUACUCGGGCUACAUCGACAAGAGAAAAGCCCAACCAACAAUACGUCUCAUCGCUAUCAUCAAGCGCAAGACAAAGGCGCCCGAGUGUACGUAUUGGUCGGCAUCUAACAAGCGAGAAGUCAAGAGCGGUUCCAUCAAGCUCAUCAAAGAGAACUGGGCACUACCUUACUCAGCUGGCUUCAUCCUCUGCCCACUACCAUCCUUUGGACCCGACGACCCGGUCAUAAGAGUAGGAGUCACCACACAAUCUGCUGGUCCUGCACUGCUGGCAAACUCAGUGCCCGUCGAAAAUAUGGAGUCCAGAAAGAAGAUCGGCGAGAUGAGCGUGUGUGUCAAGCCGUUUCACUACGAGUUCAAUCGGGCUCUAUGGCUUGUUGAAUUUAUAGAAAUGUAUAAGCUAUUAGGUGCCGAUCAUUUUAUAUUUUAUAAUCACACAGUUGGACCAGAUGUCGAGGCUGUACUAAGAUACUACAUGCGACAAGGCAGUGUUGAAGUUCUACCUUGGAGUCUACCUGUGGAAACAAAAAAGGAUAUUCGAACAGAAGGAAUAUUCGCCAGUCUCAACGACUGUAACCUCCGCUCGGUCGGCCACUUCCCCCUGGCGGCGAUGGUUGACAUCGACGAGUUCCUCAUCCCCCGUAAGGACGAGAACCUUCUCGAGCUCGUCGCCAGACUCGGUACCACCUAUCAUGGCUACGUUUUCAAGAACGUAUUUUUCUACCUAUAUUGGGAGAACGACACGGCACUCCACGACCACCUCAACACCGAAGAGAACCUUCAGGUAAAUCUAUUCGGUGCUGACAGCCACAUGCCUUACCUGCUGACACAGACCAAGACGCGGCGAUUAGACCAGCCCCACAAGUACGGCGUGAGGUCCAAGUAUCUCGCCCGUCCUGACAAGAGCGUGGAGGUCGGCAACCACGUCGUGUGGGAGUACUUGCAGCCUGGCGGACGGACAUCUCUAAACGUGCCAGAGACCGACGGUCUCACGCACCACUACAGGAUAUGCGAGUUCGGCGGCUGGGACUGCCUCAAGCUGCCUAGCCACAUCGACCAGACGGCGCACCGCUACCUCGCUACGCUGACGCAGGCCAUCGCACGCGAGUGUGCGGGCAUCUUCCCUGGACUGCCGGCCUGUCCCGUGGCGCCCCCUCUCGGCUCCCCGUGGUGAUCCAGCUAUACGGUGUUGGUGAUCCAGCUAUACUGUGUUGGUGAUCCAGCUGUACGGUGCUGGUGAUCCAGCUAUACGGUGUUGGUGAUCCAGCUAUACGGUGCUGGUGAUCCAGCUAUACGGUGCUGGUGUUCCAGCUGUACGGUGCUGGUGUUCCAGCUGUACGGUGUUGGUGAUCCAGCUGUACGGUGCUGGUGAUCCAGCUGUACGGUGCUGGUGAUCCAGCUGUACGGUGCUGGUGAUCCAGCUGUACGGUGCUGGUGAUCCAGCUAUACGGUGGUGGUGAUCCAGCUAUACGGUGCUGGUGAUUCAGCUAUACGGUGCUGGUGAUCCAGCUGUACGGUGUUGGUGAUCCAGCUAUACGGUGUUGGUGAUCCAGCUAUACGGUGUUAGUAGCCAUUUUUAUGUGUGCUCAUGUCUGAACUAAUGCUACCAUGGGAGUGCCUAUUACAUCUCAUGGUAGAUACGCUAAGUGCCUUCUUCCCUCAGUGCCUCAUAGUUCUGGUGCUAUGUUCUGGUGCCUCAUAGUUCUGCUGUUACUGUGCCGUCAGUUCUAAAGAGAAGUUCUUAGAAUGCAUUUACAGCAAUCACUUUUUUCUGAAAGCUGCUUAAAAAAUAAUAUCUUUAGUACCGCUUUUAAUGACAAGGGUUAUUUUGACAUCGAAAUAAAUUUCUUAUUAUUUGUUGAAGUCGCUAAAAAAAUUUCUUACUAUUCACGUAAGAUAGCAGAACAUGCAGACAUGUUUCUCGUUUAAAUUUUCUGAUACGAGACAAAAAAUUGGCAGAAUUUGACUAACUCAUGAGACUUGCCUGACUGGCAGCAGUCUCAGUGGAG